AUGCCAACAACGGAAGAUGAGUGGGGGUUGGAAGAAAUAACCGUUUGGAUGUCGUUGGCUGAUGGUGAAGAAUCCUUACUGUGCACGAUUUCUCUAUCGACCGAUCCGUUACAGGUAUUAGCAGCUGAAGCUGAGGAUAUGUCUCCAGCAUCCAGAUCUAAGUCCAAAGACAAGAAAUCUGGUAAGGAACCUCCCAAGGGUUCGUCGAAGACUUCUGGUCCUGCUAAUGUCACUAUUGGGAUUCCAGCAAGUGGAUACAAUCCUCUUUUGGGAACAUUCCAUACAAUUGACCCUGCACCACUUUCCUCUGUUGGUCCGCUUCAUGCAAAUGGUCGCUUUGGAAACAUAGACGAGACAGAUGAUCAGAGUGGGAUCUCAUUUGGAACAGGCAUUGAGUAUGAUUCUGUUUCUAAUAAUGGUAGCUGGUCUGGUGAAUCAGAAGAACAUAAAGAGAAAACAUCUCAUCAUCCGCUGCAUCAAGAGUCGGUGCCUGGAGCUGACAAUGACAAACGAGAAAAAAUCCGCCAACAGAACGAGAGAAAACAUCAACGUCAAAAAGAGAGGCGAGCUCAAGAACUACAUGAGCGAUGUAGUGGCUAUCUCAUGUCGAGGAAGCUAGAAGCUCUUGCACAACAACUUGUGGCUAUGGGCUUCUCUCAAGAACGGGCAACAAUGGCUCUUAUUCUAAAUGAAGGCAGAGUAGAGGAAUCAGUUGCAUGGCUAUUUGAAGGAGGUGAAGAAGACAAGCAGAGGGAGCAGAAUCUUGACAGUGGGGGUAAUUUGAAAAUAGACAUAUCAGAAGAGCUAGCUCGUAUUGCAGACCUGGAAAUUAGGUACAAGGCCUCCAGGCAAGAGGUUGAAAGAGCUGUAGUCACCUGUGAGGGUGAUCUUGAGAAGACGGAAGAAACAUUGAAGGAACAGAAGCAGGAGCCCCCUUCUACCCCUCCAAAGCCAGAAGAAACAGGUGGUCCUCCUACUGUUGUCAAUGGUGAGCUACCAGUGGCUAUUAGUCAAAAUGCAAAGAGGCCACUAGUAGAACCUACUAUAUCUGCUACCAUACAACCGAAAAGGGACGACAAAGAUUUCAAUUACACCAAAAUUCCAGUUACAGCUGUUUCUUUGGUGGAUCCUGGAAGCAAAAGUAUGCAGAUGUUGAAGAAAAUACAACCUAAAAUGGAUUUGGCCAAAUUGCAACAGAUUGCCAUGCCGGCAGAGAAAAAGUGGCCAAAUGCAGAAACAAACCCUUCAGUUUCCCAGUCAUUAGCACCACCUUUGCAGGCUUCACCUCCAACAGCGAAGACAGAAGCCCUCUGUGUCGCUGUUGAAAAUGAUUUGAAGAACCUGCAGAUUGGAUCAGUGAGAGAACCAGUUGUGGUAAUGCAGCGAUCCCAAUCCAUCAACGUACUGCAGGUUCCUACUUCAAGUGUUAGCUCAUCUCCUUCCGCGACAGCUAUGGGUAGGUAUAAUGGCGUGGAAACUGUGAAGUCCAUUGGGUUGGUACCACCUGUUCCAGGCACGAGAAGCCCGAGCCUCAGUUGCACGAGUUCAAAUAUAUUGUACAAUAACCAACUAAAUUAUCUACCCCAUCAGCAAUUUUUAUUGAGCAGGGGUUCAGUGGAAUCUCUAGGAACUAUACAGGGAAAAGAUUUAUGGAGUAGAUUAGGUACAUCUCCAAUGCUAGCCCCAGCUUCUUCCCUUGGACUAUUCUCUGGGUUGGGCACCAAUGGGUCGUCUGGUUCUUCAUACCUGGUAGACUGGAAUACAGGCAGCUCAACCUCGCAGUUAGAUUACACCAGCAUAGACUGGAGCGUGGAUAGAGGGUCGUCUGUGUCUAGGCCCGGAGGGUUCUGGCCUAGUGAGAAUGCCUUUAGGGGAAACAGUACCCGUGCAUACGAUCCAAUCACUUAUGGUCGAGGCAUCAAGACUGCUAUAAGACCAGUUGUGUCCAAUGGGAAUGGUGUUUUUAUUCCCGGAUUGCAGGACAGUGUAGCUUCUACGCAAACAUCUGCUGGUAGCUCUCGAGAAUGGACUUCUCCUUUUGAAGAGAGAGACAUUUUCAGUUUACCCAGACAGUAUGUUUCCUCUCCUUCUCAGUAA